AUGGCCGACAAGCCCAACAGCACCGCCGCCGCCGGCCCGGCCACCUACCCGACGCUCGUCCGGCCGCCGCCCGAAGACGCGUCGCGGGCGCAGAUCGAGCACGUGCUGGACGUGACGGAGCUCUCGGUCCUGGGGCCCGACGUCUUCACCAACACGCGGCCGCCGUGGCUGCCGCCCGGCGCCCGCGGCAUAUUCGGCGGCGCCGUGAUCGCCAUGUGCCUGGCGGCCGGGCAGAGGACGGUGCCGGCGCGGUUCCUGGUGCACUCGAUGCACUGCUACUUCCUGCUGGCGGGCUCGGCCGACGUGCCCAUCCUGCUGCACGUGGAGCGGGUGCGCGACGGGCGCAGCUUCGCGACGCGCACGGUGCAGGCGCGGCAGCGCGGGCGGUGCAUCUUCACCACCACCAUCUCGUUUGUGCGGCAGGAGGGCGACGGCGACAGUGACGACGGCAAGGGUAGUGGCGGCGGCGGCGGCGGCGGCGGCGGCCACAGGGUGGACGCGCCGCGCAUCCACGGCGGCGGCGGCGGCCAGGGCCCCUUCCAGGCCGGGCCCAUCGCCAUGGUGAACCGGGAUAGCGACGUGGUGCACGAGAGGCGGAUGCGGCAGUGGACGCGGGCGCGGGGCCGCAUCAGCGCCGCGGGCGGGCUGCCGGCGCACCUGUGCGCGCUGGCCUACAUGAGCGACAGCUACUUCAUGGGCACGGUGCCGCGCAUCCACAAACUCUGGCGCUUCCCCGUGAAGCCCGAGGAGGUGGCGGAGCUGGACGACGAGUCCCGGGCGCACGUCAUGGCGCUGCACCGCUUCGACGACGGCGAGCCGCUGGCCUCGUACGUCGGCCGCCCCUCGGUCGGCAUGAUGGUCAGCCUCGACCACACAAUCUACUUCCACGAGCCCCGCCGCGUCCGCGCCGACGAGUGGAUGCUGAGCGAGAUGGAGAGCCCCUGGUCCGGCGACGGCCGCGGCGUCGUGACCCAGAGGAUCUUUAGCAAGGACGGCACCCUGUUGGCCACGUGCUUCCAGGAGGGCUUGGUGCGGCUAAAGCCCAGUGAUGCCGAGGUGGAAGAGCCCAAGGCGAAGCUGUGA